ACGGACAGCUUCCUCUACACUGAAAAGUAAUGUAGACGAUGGUGGACUCAGGUUUUACUCUCUCUGCCAUUUUAAAUUCCCCGCCACCAUUUAUUCGUUGCUGGUUUGAAGGUUUUCCCGUUUCCUCUGCAACAUCACCGUUCUAGGAUCCAUUGAGGAACAGCUUCGGCAACAUGGGAGACUCUUCAAGGGAGGAUGUCAGCAGCACAAUCAGAGUGCUUGUUGCAACUGAUUGUCAUCUGGGUUAUAUGGAGAAGGAUGAAGUACGUCGACAUGAUUCGUUUCAGGCAUUUGAGGAGAUAUGCUCAAUAGCUGAGCAAAAACAGGUAGAUUUUGUACUUCUUGGAGGUGAUCUUUUCCAUGAGAAUAAGCCUUCAAGGACAACUCUAGUUAAGACCAUUGAAAUCCUCCGCCGCUAUUGUCUCAAUGAUCGACCAGUGCAGUUUCAAGUUGUCAGUGAUCAGACGAUGAACUUUGCAAACAUGACUCGUUCUGUGAAUGUAACAAAGAAGCAACCAACAGAGAAGAGUGAUGAUGUUGAUCCUGAUUUACAUCUUUAUUCCCUCGAUGCAGAUGAUAUUGACUAUGAUGAUGAUGAUAUAAAAAUUCAUUCAGCUAGUCUUACAUCCUUCUCAAAGAGACUAAUUGGCAAGGCUCCUCUUUUCAGACAAAAGGGUACUCUUCUGCACGGUUCUGAUCCUACUGAUAUUCAUACAGUUGUUGAUACCGGGGUAGAAGCAAACUUCAUCUCUGCUGAACUUGUUUGA